GUUUCUCAAUCAAUACAAUACCAAAAAAGCAAAACUCCCCCUCUCUUUUUGGUGUUUCUGUACAUUUUGCUAUGUGUUGCAUUUAAACAACAAAAGCUUUUCUUCUUUCUUUUAUCAGAGAAACAAAGAAAAGAAAAGAAAAAGUAUGGCUCUAGAGGCUGUGGUCUAUCAGCAAGACUUGUUUGCUCACACUAGCAAAGAACUCUACAAUUUGCUAGGAGCUGGGACUUGGACCUAUGAUGAAGUUUCCCUGGGAAAGGAUGAUUAUGAUCAUAAACUCUGCUCUUUUGAUAAUUUUCUCCAGAACCAAGCAGAAAAUUUCCUUCAUGGGGAUUGGAAGUUUUCUUCUUCACCACCACCACCACCUUCUUCCAUGUUUCCUCAUUUCAGUGAAAUGCUCCAAGCUAAUAACCCAUCCCCAGAUGCUGAGAAUGCCAAUAAUGGACUAACUACUGUUGCUUCUGCUACUGAUCACUUGUUGGAUCAUUCCUCCUCAUCCACUGUGGCUGCUCCUCGAGCUAAGAGACGUCGAUCCAGGAGUAGAAAAAACAAAGAAGAGAUCGAGAAUCAGAGAAUGACCCACAUUGCAGUCGAGCGUAAUCGAAGAAAGCAAAUGAAUGAGUAUCUCUCAGUUCUCCGAUCUUUAAUGCCUGAUUCUUACGUUCAAAGGGGUGACCAAGCUUCAAUUAUUGGAGGGGCCAUUAAUUUUGUGAAGGAGCUAGAGCAACGCUUGCAACUACUUGGUGGGAAGAAAGAAACAAAGGAAAAAUCUAGUGGUGGAGGAGAAGCCACUUCGCUGCCUUUCUCUGAAUUCUUUACAUUCCCACAGUACUCAAUAACGAGUCCAACUCAGAGUGAAAACUCAGCGGCAGCAGCAAACGAAACCAUGAGUGCGACUCAGUCUUCUGCAAGUAUUGCAGAUAUAGAAGUGACCAUGGUGGAGAGCCAUGCAAAUCUCAAAAUCAGAUCAAAAAGGAGACCAAAGCAGCUUCUGAAAAUUGUUUCUGGAUUACAUACUAUGCGUCUUACUAUCCUUCACUUAAAUGUCACAACUCUUCACCAAAUGGUCCUUUAUUCUCUGAGUGUUAAGGUAGAAGAUGAUUGUAAGCUGAGUUCAGUAGAUGAGAUUGCUACAGCAGUGUAUGAGAUGCUAGGUAGGAUUCAAGAAGAGUAUUCUGUGAUGAACUAAUAAAUCAAAUGAUCAAGUUUUUUAUUUUUAUUUUUAUUUUGUAAUUUGAUUUUCUUGGGGCAGUUCUUGAUUUUGAGGCUUUGAAAGGCUCAUUGCAACUAAUGUCUCUCCAAUUUCAAUAUUAGUAUUUAGCUUUGUAGAAUAUGCUGCUGUAUUUUGGAGGUUUCUGUUUCUUUGCUUACAACUGUUUUCACCUUUUGCCUUUUUCUGGGGUUAUUAGAAGAUGAGCAUCUUUGCGUCUUAGCCA